CCUAAUUUGCUCUAGUUAAUUUGUUAUUCUUCAACUGUUAAUCAAUUUCAAGGUUCCAAAUAAGGUAUAUUUCAAUCUUCCCUUAUAUGGAAUUUUACUUCAUCCUCAUUCAAUCUGAUUUCUCCUAAAAUUUGUAUAUUUUGAUUUCUUCUGAAAAUCUUUGAAAAAUCUUCUAAAUUUUUAUCAUUUGCUUUCUUCUGUAAAUCUUUCUAUUUUUGUUUCUCAUACCUUCAAUGAUACAUAUGGAAUCCGUUCAUGGUCUCAAACAGUCCAAUAAAAAUCAACGAAUUCUUGUUUCUCCUGGUUCUGAUUCGUCUUGGGAAGGUUACGACGAAGUUAGAUCCAAACAUCGUAACGAUCCAGCAGUGAUGAAUAAGCUACGUGAGAAAUUGAAGUCGAAAGCUACAGUUAAACAUGCACCCAAAGAAAUAGACAACAAGAUUGAAGGGGUUACAACAUGCCCUAAUCUCCCAAAGGAAAUGAAAUACGUCAUCAAGAAGAUCCCGUCCCACCCAUUGAGAUUCGGAACGGCAUAUAGGGCUAAUUUUCUUGAUGAUUUUGAAUCAUCAAUAGGUGAAGAAGGUAUAAAGUUAUUUAGGAUGGAAUUUCUAUUCCAAAUACUAGACUACAUGCCGAAUUCUUCUGUUCAAGAUAUGCCACACUGUUGUGGAAUUUUGGUUGUCGAAAGAAUCUCAUUUAUCAGCUUUAAUGAAUAUGAUUCAUCUUGA